GCGAGCGGCUGCAGUCAGCAGAGCGGAGCCGGGGAAGGAGUGAGGAUGGCGGCGGAGCUGACGGCCGAGGAGGAACAGGCCACCAAGCAGUUCCUGGAGGAGAUCAACAAGUGGACAACGCAACAUGGCGUCUCUCCCCUCUCUUGGAAUGCAGCAGUCAAAUUCCUAAUGGCCAGAAAAUUUGAUGUGUACCGUGCCAUUGAACUCUUCCAUUCUUACCGGGAUACCAGGUUGAAAGAAGGGAUUGUAAAGUUGAAACCACACGAAGAGCCUCUUAGAUCUGAACUGCUGAGUGGCAAAUUCACCAUCUUGAGUGUUCGGGAUCCAUCAGGUGCAUCGAUUGCCCUCUUCACUGCCAAGUUACAUCAGCCCAAUAAAACUCUGCAACAUGUGGUUUUGCAAGCCUUGUUCUACUUGCUUGAUCAAGCUAUUGAAAGUUUUGAAACUCAAAGAAACGGACUGGUGUUCAUUUAUGAUAUGGCCGGCUCUGCAUACACCAACUUUGAGUAUGACUUAAGCAAGAAAAUUCUUCACCUUUUGAAGGGAGCCUUUCCUGCUCGUUUGAAGAAAGUGUUCAUUGUCGGUGCACCUGUAUGGUUUCGAUUCCCAUAUUCCGUUCUAAGCUUAAUUCUUAAAGAAAAACUACGGGAAAGAGUGCAGAUGGUGAAGACGCAUGAGUUGAAACAAUACCUGCCCAGGGACUGCCUGCCAGAGCAUUUAGGUGGGGUGCUGAAACUGGACCAUUCCAGCUGGAACAAACAGUUUUUAACCUCACCAAAUGGACACAGUGACUCGUUGGACGAGCUCAUCACUGGCUUCCCGCGUGAUGAAGUGUCCAUACACGUGCCAGGACUGGAAGGAAUGACGGUGGAAGAACUGUUGGACCACGUCAACACCGUUCAGAAAAGGGGAAUCUACGAGGAAUAUGAGGACAUCCGACGGGAGACACCGCCAGGCACAUUCAACUGCUCAUUACAGCCAUACAACCAGCAGAAGAAUCGGUAUGGGGAUGUACUGUGUUUGGACCAAACUAGAGUAAAGUUGAAGUCCCUCAAUCAUGAUGAGAGGACAGAUUACAUCAAUGCCAGCUUCAUGGAUGGUUAUAAGCAAAAGAAUGCCUACAUUGGCACACAGGGACCUUUAGAAAAGACGUACAAUGAUUUCUGGAGAAUGGUAUGGGAGCAACAUGUCCUUGUUAUUGUCAUGACUACAAGAAUUGACGAGAGCGGCAGGAAAAAAUGUGGUCAAUACUGGCCUCUGGACCAGAACAUUCAGGGGAACUAUGGACUUAUUUCUGUCAAAAGCCUGGCAGUAGAAAGCUUUAAACAUUAUAACAAAACAACACUAGAGAUUCAGAAUGUAGAGUCCUACGAGAGACGUCAGGUGAUUCACUUCCAGUACCUGAGCUGGCCAGAUUAUGGUGUCCCAUCUUCGGCGACAGCUCUCAUUGACUUUCGGUCAGCUGUCCGACAGCAACAAGGUCUCUCUGUCCAAAGCCUGGGCAACAGGUGGAAGGGACACCCUGGAGGACCACCCAUAGUCGUCCACUGCAGUGCUGGCAUUGGGAGAACUGGCACUCUGUGUACUCUGGACAUAUGCCUUUCUCAGCUGGAAGAUGUGGGUACUCUCAACAUAUACCAAACCGUCCGAAGGAUGCGAACGCAACGAGCCUUCAGCAUCCAGACUCCUGAUCAGUACUACUUCUGUUACACAGCAAUUAUCGAGCAUGCUCAGAGGCAAAACCUACUGUCAGCCAAUCAUUAACGAGAGAAUCUCCCCCUCCCCUCCCCUCCCCUCCCACAUAGAUCGUAUACCACUUCUGCACACUUGCAGAUGAGUUCUACUAAUAUACUUCUAGUACAUCUGUAGACGUCCACCUUUUGCGAUUGUACAAGAUCCUAGAAUUAGUACUAGCCUUAACUACUUGGAUAGAACUUAUUUUACAAUGGUUUAAUGCCAUCGUACCAGUAGCCAUCUUCAUGGAGCAUAUAGACUUUCCCUGAAGAAAAUAUGUUACAAUUCAUUUAUUCCAAUAAUGUAGCAUUAGAAAUAAAAUCUACGGUACAGGAGACAUGAAUGACCAAUGAGAAAUGAAGGCGAUCAUUUUUGCAGAGACUGAAACAACAAUCUUUAGGCACCAUGUGGCUCCAAAUUGAAAUUCUGUAAUGCGUCGUCUGUGGACCAGACUUCUUUCUUUUUCUGAAAAAGAAACUUGUUUAUGACAUACAAAAAAAGCAAAAAAAUUACCUCAAGCAUCGUCUGAGGAUUAGCAGAAAGUACCGAGUUGUACUCUGUUACCUUGGGCCAAGAUUACCAUUGGGAAUGCCACACGGACUCUCGACCCCGGAGGCAGUUCUCACUUCAGCGUCAUUCACGAGACGAGCUGGAGAGUAAGACAACGUCAGCUGAGCUGUGUAUUUGUCACUGAUGUCCGUGCCUGUGAGAUGAGUUUAUUCUUUGUGCCUUCUCGUCUUUUAUUCCUAGUUGGGGCUGUACAGUACACGCAGCCAAAGUAUUAUUCGAAGCUAAACCUUUCUCUCAGGGGAACUUCGUUUUCUUCCCUUUUCCUUUCUCAGUGUCUCUUUUUCUCUCUCCUACUUAGGUUUGGUUUAAUAAGACCGUAAUGAUGACCCAACCUGCAGUUCUGUUUUGAAAAGCUGCAGCUCCCACUCUCUCCCAGAGGCUUCCUUCAAGCUGCAUUUGAGAGCAGAGGAGUUUAACACAGCUGGGCAAAAUCCUCUUGCUCAUCACUUCCUCAGUUAACCUUAACACAGGUUCUCCAUAAACACUGAGCUGAAUUAGUCAUCUGAUCUGGUUUAUCUCAAACUGCCUGUGCCAUCAGGACUUUGUCACUUGUCAGAAAUUCCUGUGACAUCAUAACUAUGUUACGGCAUGACUUAAUGUCAUUAAUGGUGUCUCUGCACAGAACAAGUCCUGCAUUUUAAGUAAGUUUAUAUGUAUAUAUUAUUGGAUCAUCAUUUUCUGCACUCACCCAAUUUUCUUAUAGUUCAUGAAACCUAUUAUUAUGGAUGGCAUUUUCCUGUAUCUUUGAGCAUUAUUACUGCUUUCAGCAACCAUGACACCUUGGAUUGCUUUGUUUUACUUUCUGAGGGGAGAGAGUGGGAAUGAUCUUCGUGAGAUGGAUAAUCCUGUGAGAUGAGUACUUGUAACUCUUCAGGUUGAUGCAACCCUACACAUCGAUAAUCAUUAGCGGACAGCAAGUGGCCCGCUCCUCAUGUUUUGAAGUAAUUACACCAUAGAAGCACUGUGGGGGGAAGCUAGGAUGAAUUCCAAGGCAGGAGUGCUCAAUGCUGUUGCUGUGAAAAACUUUGAGAGAGAGAACAAGUGCUUUCAUUUACCACAUGGUACCUUUUAAAUAAGUUUGUCUUAACACUGACCAAAUUUCUAUAUGUCUUUUUGAAGUUUGUUAUCAACACUUUAACUUGUGUUACAUGACACCUCUCAGUACAUUUUCUUGUAUGUUUGUUAUCCAGUUUUUGCUGAUUAGUUUGUAUUGGGAAGAAUGAACACGAUUGAGCAAACUGUUGACUUUGAGAAGUUUGGUUUUCGAAUGUGGUCAGCAAAAAAGGCCAUCGCAGCCUUAUAGGCUUUUCUGUCACUUUUUGUAUUAGUGUUUCACACACACUGAACAUGGAUGGCUUACUAGGGCUCAGUGUGAUGGAACUGAAGUCGGUAACUGGUAUGACUUUCAGAAUUGUAGACAUUUGCUUCACUAUUGAUCUAUAAGCCAAGAUAGUUAAAAACAAUAGUUUAGCUAUAUUCUAUGUCAUUCUCUGCCUUAAUAUGACAAUGUCAUGGAGAUUCUUGGUCACGUGAACUGAAUCGGGAUAAGUGAAUACAAAAUGAGCCCUAAUUGCUGUUGGAGAGUUGCCCCACACUAAUUCACCAAUCACAGACAGUGUAGGGACAGGCUUGCACCAGUACUCACCAACACUCCCACCUAAACUAGGCCCUUGUAGCUCUUGCAUUCAAGAAUAUUCAAAGGUGGAAGUUAUGCUUCAGUCUUGCAAGUGAAGCUUUGGAAACUUGAGUUCUGAUUGAGCUUUUAAUUGAUGGAUUAUCAGUAGUUGGUUUUCGAAAACCAAUCGGAUUUAAGAAAAAAGCUGUAAACUGCUCCCUGGCUCAAAUUCCUACUUCAAAAUAUUUUAGAAUUUUGCAUUAAACUAUGCAAUGUUAUGAGGACAGUUUCAGCUUUAAGAGCCUCAAGAAAUAAAAAGGUGAAAAAGGGCUAUUGUACUCAUCAAGCCUGUCCUCAAAAUAGGAACUGUAGACUGCCAUUCAGUGAAAUCAUGGCUGAUCUGCAUCCUAGUUCCAUUUCCCUUAAUACCAUUGGACAGCAAAAACCUAUCAUUGUCAGAUUUUAAUUAUUAAUUGAGCUAUUAUCGACUGCUUUGUGCAGAAGAGAGUUCCGCUGUUCUGCCAACUUCUGUGAGAGGAAAUGUUUCCUAACUACUGUUCUGAAUAACCUGGUUCUGAUGUUUAAAGUUAUGCCCCUUGAAUUAGACUUCCCCCGCAAGCAGAGAACAUUUUUCCCUAUCUACCCUAUGUACUUCUUUCAAAAUCCUGAAAACCUCUCUCAAAACACCCCUUAACUUUCAGUAUUCCAAGAUACACAAGCCUAGUUCAUGUAAUCUCUCCUCAUAAUUUAUCCCUGGGUAAUGUUCUAGUGAAUCUGUGCUGCAGUUGAGGCUAAUAUAUCUGUCCAAGGUUAAUAUAUCCUAUCUAAAGCAGAAUGCCUAGAACUGUAUGGAGUACCAAAGAUGUGAUGUACCAGGUCUUUGUAUACUGUAGCAAAGUUUCCUCAUUUAUAAAGCAUUCCAUUAGCCUUUUUGAUUUUUUUGUAACUGACCCUUUUUAGUGAUCAGAGUACAUGGGCCCCUAAAUCUCUUUGGACCCCACUAGUUCUAGUUUUCAUUUAAAUAAUACUGAAAUAAUUUGAGAGAACCCAUUUAGCAUCAAUCUAGAACUUGAACUCCAUGAACUGCAACUCUUUAACAUUGCCAAUAUCCAGACAAUUUGUUUGGGAAUUGCCUGUUUGCGCUUAUGUUUCUUAUUCGUGGAUUUGCUUAAAACGUGUUGGCCUGGAGUUUGGGACUGGCUGCUUUAAUGUUCCACAUUGUUAAAUAAAUCCUUAGUAGGUCGUCUGCAUAUAAACGAUAGGGAACAGAGAUUAAAAUGUUAUAUGGGGACCCCCAGGAUCCAUGGCCCACAAAGACUGAAAGCUUGGACAUUCCUGCUGCACAGGAUUUAACUCUGCAAUCUUACCUAGAAUACAAUUCCAAAUGUUUUUCUCUUUGAGUCAAGAUGUUUGUUUCUCUAACAAGAUCGAACUUUGCUAAUUUGGUCAUUGCUGCUCAGCAUUCUAGUGAAGAGAAUGAAAUAACUAACUGAGUUAUCGUUACUGUGUGGACAGCAGCACUCAAAGUGGAAACUGGCCUUACUACAUAGUACCUACUUUUUUAAUUUAAAAAGAAAAGUUUUCCACACUUAGCUCCCAAAAAGAAGCAAUUCUGAAAUUGGAUGUACAUCGCCUACCCAAAUGCUGAGAGCAAAUUGUGAAAUCAUUAAACCUGCCUUGUGAAAAGUCUAAUUGUAUGGGUUAUACAGGAGUAAAGAAAAACAGUGAACAGGAAAAUCAUGUUUUAAUUCAGAGUAAGCAACAGUUGCAAUUUGGCCUCACCAACAAUAGUGGUCAAUAUAGAUGGCAGGUAUUGAUGAUACUGAUUCCACCUACUACUUGACAAUUAGUUGCACUCAAUGGAUCAUAAUGUACCUGUCAGUUUUCAGUUUUGGUCUCACCACUCCUGAUUUGUAGAACAAUAAGUUGAAACCUUGAGUGGCGUGUGCUUCUGGAAAAAUAUUACCUGACUGCUUAAGAGAAUAAAACAAAUGGUUACCAAACUGGGGAAUAAAGCUCCUUCCUAUUCUCUUCCCUCAUUGUAUAAACUGACAGUUUAUUCUUUAGAACCUGGAUCAUUGGAGCAAUGAUAUGAAUUUGUUGGAAUGAUUUUUAUUAUUAGGCUAUAUGCUUUUUAACAUGUCAGGCUAUAUCUGUUAAUGGGGGGGCGGGGGGUGGCAUAGUCGUAUUUGUCACUGAACUGGUAUUCCAGAGACUGGUAUCCCCAGGGUAAUGCUCUGGGGACCCGGAUUCAAAUCCCACUAUGAAAUUUGAAUUCAAUAAAAAUCUGGAAUUAAAAGUUGAAAAAUUGAAACCACUAUCGAUUGUUGUAACAACCCAUCUGGUUCAUUCUACUGUCCUUACCUGGUCUGGCCUACAUGUGACUCCAGAUGCACAGCAAUGUGGUUGACUCUUAAAAUG